AUGUCAGACAAAGAAAUGGAGAGUGACUCGGAUGCCCCUGAGGUGUUUUCCGUCCGGCAGGGGAUGCAACAAGAUGAAGAGAUACGGAAAGUGCAAAGAGAAAAUAAGGCUAGGGUAGUGCGUGAGGUAAAAGAACGUCGCAGAAAAUGGGCAAAGAAUUUGACUCCAAAGCCUUUGCCCAAAGAAAGAAGCACCAUAGAUGAAAGUGAGACCAAAACUGAAACGAAUGAGGACUCUCAAGGCAAUAAUGGAAUGCUUCUGGAUGACAUUGUAAAACUUCUUGCAGCCCGUGAAAAGAUAGUCUUCACGUCCGAUUCUGAGGAUGAGAAAGUUGAGAAAAGGGGCACCUCAAAGAAGCGAAAGCUGAAAAGAUCCAGGUUAGAACCCGUUAUUUUGAAGGAGAUACCAUCUGCUCAAUGUGUAUAG